CCGUCAGCUGCUGAGACUUGUGCAUGUUAUUUCUCAGGGCCACAACAGAAAUGAGUCUGGAGGUGAUGCAUAAGGAACCUCUGUGCUCUGUCUUCAGUAACAACUGUGCACAACUUCCAAUACUAAAUUACAUCUGAGUUAAAAUAACAGUUGAACUUUUCUGAAAUUACAGCACAGGUGACAUGCACACGCACGUGCGUAAGUCAUUGUCAUGGUAACAGAACCAAGGCUAUAUAAGGCCCUCGGCCCAUUCUGAAUCCCCUUUUGCAUUUGACCUUGGAAACAAGUUGCUGCAAACUCUGCUGUGAGAAACUCACUUUUGGAAAGAGACUCCUUUUUGGACAAACUAACUCUCCGGAUCGAUCAUCGACUGUGGUAACCUGACGAGUCUGAAUAUGGCCCACAGGAGACCACCUCUUCACCCGGACCCCCUGCUGCUGGGAGCCGAGCAGCUUGACCCUGACCGUGACCCUGCAGAUGACGUGGUCUUCAUCAACGAGCGUCCUGGACCUAUCAUCGUUCUGAACGACGAUCCAGGUGAUGAUGUUCCAAACUUCAUCAACCCUGAUCAUCAUGAUUAUGAUGAUGAUGAUGAUGAUGAUGUGGUUUUUGUUGCAGGUGGAGAGCCAGGCAUUCCCCAAUACUUCAUCGAUGACAUCAACGAGAUUCGCCGACUGUUAGCAGAGCAGGACAAUGACGACACUGACGACACUGACGACACUGACGACACUGACGACAGUGACGACUGGAGCGACGGAGACAGUGACGACUCUGGCUACGACUCCAUGACUGAGGCUGAAGAUGAGGAAGAUGAGGAAGAGGAACCCCUCGAGGAGGUGCUCCCACCAGAUGGCUUCUGGAUGAGAUGGCGCCAGGUGUCUCCUCCCGUCCCUGUUGGUCCUCCUGUCCCCGCUGGUCCUCCUACCGGUCCCCCAGUCUGUCCUCCUGCCGGUCGUUCCGCUGGUCCCCCCACUGGUCCUCCCCCUGGUCCUUCUUCUGGUCCUCCAGGUCCAUCCUUCGUCCCUCAGAGUCCAGAAGAGUGUGUCCCCUCGACCUCAGGCCUCGGCUCCACCUGGAAGAGGAGCAGGGAGGAGAGCAGCACGGAGCAGGUAAGUACGAAGAGGCAGAGGACGAGCGAUGAAGACCGCCCCGAAGACUCGGCUCCUCCAACGUCCGGCCUCGGCUCCAGCACUAGCGGGAAGUUCUGGCACGGUCCUUCUCGGUUCACAGGAUGGAGCGAGGACACUGACUCUGACUCUGACUGAGACUAAGACUCUGUUUGUUGCAGGAAGGGAGAGUAUACACACACACACACACACACACACACACACACACACACACACACACACACACACACACACACACUCUGACAGUACAAUAACUGCUCUGAUUGUUGAUUUAAUGAAAUGUAGACGUCUGCAGAAGAGGUGAGUAGCUUUAAUGUCAGCGUUUCAAAUGUUCUUCAAAUCUUCAGUGAAACAAUCAUUCAGAGAUGAGUUUCUGACUCACUCUGUGAUUGUUUUGAUUCUUGAUGAGGUGAAGCAGACAAAGGUAAGUUCCCUCCUGAUCACAGCGUUUCAAAGUCUCCUGUUAGUUUAGAUCACUGAUGAUUCAAAGAUGAUUUUACUCUCAUGUUUCUGUCGUUGGUUAGUUUCUGACUCACUCUCUUGUUUUAUAGACCAGAGGAGACGAUGAGGAGGAAUAAGAGCGGACACGGAGAGAAGAAGAUCCUGGACCAGAGGAGGAUGGAUGAGCCCAGGAGCAGAGGGGUGGAGGCCUUUCUUUCAGAGCGCUCGGUGAGUGAUCCUCUCUGAGACUACAGCUGUGACAGUAAAGUCAUAGAGCUGAGUUUAAAAAGUUGUGUUUGAUCUUUUCCUCACUUGUUUUUCUGUCUCGUAGGGUCGGACUCCUCUGGGUGUUUUUUGGAUCCAUCCCCCCUCAACCCCCAACACCACCGUCUGCAGCCGCCAGCCCAGAGGAGGAGGAGCGCCCCCACCCGACCAGCACAGAGGAGGCUGUUAACUUCAGCUUCUUCUGGGCUGGAGGGUUUGGGAUGCUCCUCACACACACAGAGAGACUCACAAAGAGACAUCAUCACAUCUAAUGUACAAGCGGAGACAUUAAUGGGAAAUAAAUAAUUAAAUCCUGACCAUUAUAACAUGUUUGAUUUGUUACUUUAUGCUGUCUUUACACUUCUCUAUCUCCUUAAAGUAUUAGUAUUAUUUUGAAUUUAUUAGCUUCUACCAAGGUAGCAACUCCUCUUCUUCAGGUCCACUCUGGAAAAUAUGUACAAUCCACACUAAUUACAUGAUUAAAAACAAUAUUGAAAACAAUAACACACAAUAAUCCAGAUUUAAAACCAGGAAGAGCACAAUAAACCUACUAUAAAUCAUAUGAAUCUGUCAUGUGCCUACAGUACA